AUGGCAGCUGUAGACUACCAAGAAGCAAUCUUCGACGCACAUAUCCAGUUGUCCAUGAUGGAACACGCUCACGAAUUGGAGACAGUACAAGCUGAAACCAUCACGCUUGCACAGGCGUUUAAAGAAGAGAUGGAGAAUAACGCAACGUCUCAUCAACUCGCAUUGGAUCACGCUACGCUGGAGAAAAAGUUUGACGGUGACAUGCAAGACGUGAUGCAGCAACUGGAUACACUUCGACAAGUGGAAGAACAGGAGAGAGUUGCUACUGAGGCUCGACUGGAGCAAGAACUGAAACUAGCCAAUUUGAGAGACUGCAGCGUACAGACAGAGUCCUCGCAACGCGUUGAUGCUGCUACCCAUGCAGCUCUGUGCGUUGAUACAUCUACGUCACCGAUUCGAUUUGGUGUUGAUGCUGCAGUUCAGCACGAUAAUAUUGAGCAAAAGAUGGAAGUAUCUCCCGUGACCGAAUCGAAUUAUAAGUUGGAAUACGCGAGUGAGGAAGAGGAUGACGUUUAUGACGAGACUUUCGAGAACCAGAGCCAAGUACAUGCAGGCCAGCAGGUUCGCGAUACAACAAGCGCCACCGAUGUUCCCUCCGUAGCGGAAUCGCUAACUCACAGCACUUCCAAGAGUGAAAAUGAAAGUGACAGUGAAAUUCAAUCCGUGCUCUCUGACCAGGCGGAUGACAAUUACAUGGAGUCGAGUGUAGCAGACAGCGUUGCCUAUGAGGAAAGUUUUGCUGAAGAGAGUGCGGCAGUGAGUGCGGACAUUGAUGAUGAAGUUCACGACAAUGAAUCGAGUCAAGCUAAAGCUGAUGAGUCGGUGUCGGUAGCAACGGACUAUGAUGAUGAUUUUGAGGCGUCCUCACCUAAAAUGAAAGCAAAUGUCCGUGGAAUGAGUCAGGAAGCCGCUGGAGAUUCUGUUGAAGAGAAGAGUGGUGAAACAAAUGUCGAAGCAGAGUCAAGAUCCAGUGCUUCAGAGCUAUCAGACGUAGAUGAUAAUGAACCCAGUGACGCGCCUGGAUCCUCAGAAGUGGCAGCAGAAGAUUUUGAGCAUGAAAGUGAUGGUGCCAAGUCAGUUUCUAUGCCGGAAGAAGAAGAGCAAUAUGAAGAGGAAGAACGAUAUAAAGACGACGCGUUCGUGUCAAUGAGUGAAGAUUUCUCUGCCCAAAGGGACAUCAUUGUCGAAACUGAAACAGAAAAUGUCAUUGUUUCGCAGCAAUUAGACAUAGAGGACAACACAAACGAACCCAAUCACGUGCCUGAAAUCUCCGAAGUGGCCGAAGAAGAAGAUUAUGAGCAAGAAAAUGAUCGUGUCAAGUCAGUUUCUGUGCAGGAGGAGAAAGAACAAUACGAGGAUAAGUUUGUGUCAAUGAGAGAAGAUUUGUCUGCUCAAAAGGACAUCAUUGUCGAAGCUGAAACAGAAGACAACACAAACGAACCCAGUAACGUUUCUGGGACGUCGGAGGUGGCCGAAGAAGAAGAUGAUUAUGAGCAUGAUCAAGUCAAGUCAGUUUCUGUGCAGGAAGAAGAACAAUAUGAAGAAGAGCAAUACGAAGACGACACAUUUGUGUCGAUGAGUGAAGAUUUUUCUGCCCAUAAGGGCAUUGUCGUCGAAGCUGAAAUAAUUGAAAAUACUGAGAUUGUUGAACAAGGGGAAGAAGACAACGAAGCCAGUGUACACGGUGAUAGCGAGUACGAUGACGACUUCGCGUCUGUCAGUGAGAAUACCCAAGGCCAAACUACUGACCUAGCUAAUAACUCGGCCGUAGAUGAGUCGGAGAUUGAAGAGCAUGAAGAACACGAGAAGGCAAUUGAUACUGGUGAAAUCUCGAGUGAUAGUGAGCAUGAGUCCCGUGCUUCUGGUGAUGAAAUUGGCGGAUCGGAUGAAAGGGAAUACUCGACUGAUAAUUUUGAAAGUGAACAUCUGGAAGAGUCUACACUGCCUCGAAUUGAGCCUAUACUAGAAGAGCAAUCUGUAGGCGUUCAAGUGGGACAUUCGAGCUCCGAAGAUUCGUCCAUGACAAAUCUAUUAGUCGCCGAGGUUGCGGCACUACAAGAGGCGGCAAAUGCGACUUUCAACGCUCGCUCUGAAGAAAACAAAAUAGCUAACAAGAAAGCCAAAGUCGAAGAAUUGCUGCGGGCGAAAGAGCGGAUUUUAAGUCAGCAAAAAGAGGUAUUUCGUCGCGAAGAAGAGAAGCGACGAGUGGAUCUCUUUGCGAAACUGGCACUUGGAGUGGAUGUGCAGGGUGAACUGCGUCGAGCAAAAGAUGAGAUUUCACAGCAUCUAGCUCGUGACUUUGACGCCUUGCAGGAGACGUAUCCAAUUCUAAAGAUCAGCGAAAAUGUAGCUUCUACUAAGGAGCGUAAAAAGCAAACACCUUCAGUGAUGAGUAAACUAUUCGGCAAGAACGCUAUUGACAGAUCUGCAGUAGUUGAAGAAUCAUACAACGAAUACGGCGCCGAGUCGUUUGAAGAGGUACAUAAUGACGAGCUUAAUACGUCAAAAGUUGGUAGCGAUGAGGUUGUGGAGGACGACAAAUACGGUGCCGAGUCGUUUGAAGUGGUACAGAAUGACGAGCAUAAUACGUCAGAAGUUGGUAGCGAUGAGGCUGAGGAAGACGACGAAUACGAAGCUGGAGAGGUACAUAAUGACGAGCAUAAUGCGUCAGAAGUUGGCAGCGAUGAGGCUGUAGAGGAUGAAGAAUACGACGCCGAGUCGUUUGAAGAGGCACAGAACGACGAGCAUAAUACGGCAGAAGUUGAUAGCGAUGAGGUUAUGGAAGACGAAUACGACGCCGAGUCGUUUGAAGAUGUACAGAAUGGUGAGCAUCAUACAGUAGAAGUUGGUAGCGACAAGGCUUUGGAAGACAGUGCCGCACACAAAACUGAUGCAGUGGAAGCCGAAAAUUUAAGUGUUGAGGUUACAUCUGACGUUCCCAGUCCCCAAUCCGAUAUUAACGAGGAUGUAGUUCAAAGCGUUGUUGACGACGAUGCAGACAAUGUUGUUGGCGAACAAGAAGCCACUGGAUCGAAUGCUGAGGUUGCAAUCACGAAGAUUGUAGAGCCUACUAAGGAGGAGAGUGCAAAAGAAGAAGAGCUUUCGGAAGCAAUUGAAAAUAUCGAGGCGCAGCUUCAAGAUGAACAAGUUUCGAAGCCUGUGAGCCCUGCAAAACAUGCGCCGGAUCACGCUGAGUCUGCUCCGAACGAAAGCAGGUUGUUGGAUGUUUCAGUGUCAGUCUCGCUGUCACGUUCUGACGAAGCGGAAUCGUUUACAAAGAGUAUUGAAGAGCGAUCCGCUCGACUUGAAGCUUUAAAACAGCGGAUUGAAGUCCGCAAGACUGAAAUACUUGCCGUUCAAAAGCAAAUGAGAGUCGAGCGGCGUAGAGAGAAGCUCGUCGCUGAAGAGAAACUUCUAUGGGACGAGAUGGAGUCUGUCCAGAGGUUACUUCGUGCUGACGAAGCGGCAUUGGCAUUGAGCCAACAACGCAACCGGUUGGAAAUGAUGCAUCUCAAAGCGAGAGAGAUGAAGAACUUCGUCGACAGGAACUCCAACAAAAAAGUAUAUGAACAAGAAAGUAAUAUGUUGCUCGGGUUUGACUAUAUCGAGGAGGCACAACCCACUCACAAUCAGGAACGAUAUGAAUCAAGUUUGCCUAGACGGGAUCAUACAAUUAGAGGAUUCGACUUGCUUGAAGGAUAUGCCUACGUCGAGGCUGCUGAGUCUGGCGAUUUCAACGAGUAUAAAUCAACAGCCGGUAUCCUUGGAACAAAGAGUUGUUUGAGCGAAGGAAGCAGUGGAGCUGCUGAAAGUGGAAGUGUCAAGUCAGAUGAUGACGAGCACGGUACAGAAUUUACAGAGGACAAAGCUCUAUCUUAUGAGACCACCUCAGUGGAUACACACCCUCUUGAAAAAGACGAUAAAGGCAGCAGUGUGAUUCAACACGAAACUGAUAUCCAGCCCCCUGAAUCGGAUAAUUAUGAGGAUAUUGUGUCGGACCAACAGUUGAAUCUGCUUAGCGCAGAUCUACUGUCACCACUGUCCAACGAGCUUCAUCCAUCUGACGCUCCUCCAGGUAAAGAUCAUGUGGACCAAGUGACUGAUCUGCUGUACGCUGACUUAUUCCAAGAAGUCGAAGAAGACAUAAUGACUGCCAUUAGAUCCAAAAGAACUGUCCAAGAUAAACCGCAGGAGGAGGUGAACACCGGACUAUUAGGUGUAGAAGGUAUUCCGCAGAUACCCUCUGCUUCAGUCAACGAUGAACUCAAUGCCAAUGCUCAGACGAGUGACGUAGGAGACGACAGUAUUGACUCCAGAUACACAGCGGAUUGGAAUGUGGAUCAGUCUUCCGAAAAUAUAAUUCUAGAGUCGACUAGAAUGGAGCCACCUAUCGAAGAUUUGGGCGAACGUGUUGACGAGGAGGAAAUUGCGAGCGUUGAAGAUUCAAAUUCAGCGAUGUAUGCUGACUCCUUCCAUGAUGAAAGCUCUUUCAAUUUCAAGGAAGACGAUGAAUUAUCGACAGAAAUCUCACCUACUCAAGUAUCCUCAAGCAAGAAUCCAACGAAAUAUAUGGGAUCAGUUGUGAAGGUUGAUAGACAAAGAGAACCCGAAAACGAAUCUGAAGAAAAACAACGCGAAACAAUCGAUGCCACUGACAAGAUACACCUAAGCGAGCGUGUGGCAGAUGCAAUUUUCGCAACUGUAUUCGACGAAGUUAUAAGCUCCGAGCUGCAGCAAUGGUCUCGCCGACAGCCCACGGAUAAAUCUACCAGCAGCCCACAGGUUGCUAUCAAACGCAGUGGAACAACUUCACCAUCACCAGCCAAAUCGACGCCCGAUUUAAAGAUGCCCAUUCCCCGUCAGGACCCAAGAGCCCGUGAUCUUGCCAUAACACGAAGAAUCCUGGAUCAGCUAGAGAUUUUUGACGGAGAGAUUCGUCUUCCAGCGCUCAAUAGUUUUGCCGUCGGUAAUGACUCCUACAACGCUCGCGUCCUCUACGACAGCGUUGAGGCCAUCGCUUGUGAUUGCUUUAGUGCAAUCCAACAGUCUUUAUCAAAUGAGCGUACGCUUGACAGUGCGUCGGUGCUUGCAGUUGUCCACCGCCACGUCCAAGCCAAAAUCGAGGAGCUGUUGAUAAUCCGAGCACAACCCGAACAUGAACUGGAGCGACAACUCCAGUUAAUAUCGGAUGAAUCAGGCGCCGAAACAGGACUCACCACUGACGUGCUACUAUCUCAAAACUGCAUCGCGUCCAACGUGAGCAGCAUCGUGGCUAAAGUUCAAUCAGAUAUAAGCAGAAGGACCGAGGAGCUCUCAACGACAAUGCCACCCACUCGACCUCGUACGCCAAUCUCCCGAGCCAAGAACACAUCCAUCCUAUCGUCACUACAAAUCCAGCAAGACGAAGAACUACAGCAACGGAUCGCAAGUAUGAUCCUCAGUGACUUAUUGCACGAUGCCGGCCUCUGAAGAUUUUCUUUGACAUACGACCACCGAAAUGAUCCGUUUUGAAAGUUUAUACAAAUUUAUAAAAAUGAACCAACUGUAACA